UUUGUUUGUGUAAUCUCUCAAACGCCGGUCGCUCAGCGUUCUGCCCUCGCACCUACACAUCUCCGCGGCAUGACCACGUAUCGUCGACCUCGAAAAUUCAGGUGGUACACCAUGCCCGUGAACUCGAAGCGGCUACCAAGUGUAGCCAAACUGGUUAGUGAUUGGCUAGACGGUAUGAAGCCUCGUAUGUGGGUGUCAGCAUGGAGCAACCAAGACUGGCCUUUCCUGGCGCGAGCUCUCAUCUUCUGUCUCUAUUACCCCAUCGGACUUCCCUUGACAGCGGUCAUUCUGGCUCUAGGUCUUGUAUACUGCAUACUGAUCUCGGCUGGCUAUUGUCUUUACUGCGGUAUGGAGCUCUGUGGGGUGUGCUGUGGGUGGUCGCCACGUGGUCUGCUGUAUCAUCUACGCUGGUUAAUAUGCUAUAGAUGGAGAAAAAAAAGGCAUGGAACAGCAGCAGAACCAAAGAAUCAAGUGAAAACGGUUUCUGUGAGGAGAAGAGAACGGAAUCUGACCUUAGUCUUGGGGACCACAAUGAUUCGGGAGAUGGAUGCUGUGCGGUCAGACGAGAAAGGACCUCUCGAUCCCACUGAGCUUGAAAUGGGGUUAGGGUGGGUGCGAAAAGACAAAAAGGAUGGCACUUCCCAGAAACCACCUAUCCACCAAACCACUAUCGAUCAGAUGAAAACUUGCCAGCUGUGGAGACUGCCACCAGAAAUCAGGGCGUUGAUCUGGAUGUUCGUGGUCGGUGGCGGUCAUGUUCAUAUCGUCCGAACACAGAAGAGAUUGGUGGGCGUAUAUUGCCCUGCAAAAGACCCCACCGACCCCUUACACAAAGACUUGUGUGUAUCGAAAAUGGACAAAUAUGAUUAUUAUCAUGAUCCGUCACCCUGGCCGAUGGACCGCCGUCCACUCUCUUUGCUGCUUACCUGUCGCCAGAUAUAUUCGGAAGCUAUAAAUCUCCUUUACUCGACCAACACAUUUGCGUUCAGCGGGCCCAAGACUUGCGAACUUUUCUUCACCCAUCUGCUCGCCCCUCGUCGCCCUUACGUCUCCUCCAUUCACUUGGCUCCUGUCUUCGAUAACCUGGACACGCCAGACAGAUAUAACGUUAGAAGAGGAUACUCCAUCCGUGAUCCAUUACGAUAUUGGUCUACAGUUAUCUCGUAUCUACAAGCGAAGCCUUGGAACCUAACACUCACACAUAUCACCAUCACGCCAAUACUCAAUUCAUGGGAUGCAGAAGCAAUGAAUACGCCAUGGGACACAAAGAUCAUUGAAUCGAUCAUCAGCAAAGCUAAUAGAUUCGGAGUCAUAUGGAAAGGCUCGACAACUUUAACAUGGUGUACUGCAAAGCCUCCAGUCCCAAUUCAAUCUUGGGGUGACGUACAUUGGGAGGAUGAGAAGCGGCUUCCUUCCCCACUCCACAUGACCUUGAGAAGAUACGACUAUCGUCCGAAGACGCAACUGAUGGCAUUUUUCUGUCCCAUGACUGUCCAAUGCUUGCACUGUGAGAACUAUACCGUCAUCAGGAGAAAUACCCGGGACAUAGCAGAAGUGACAGUACUGGAAAGGGAGGAGUCGUUCGUAUUGUCCGCCGAGCCCUCUGGUCCAAACGCAAGCUUGGAGAGCUGGGUGCCCGUCCGUAAACGAUAUAUUAUGGGCCACGCGCCGUGUUCUGGAUGGAUCGAGUUCCAGUACGAUGCCAGGGAGACGAAAAAAUGGACCGUGACAGCAGGUGCCAGGGAGAUUACCGAGGAUGAAGCCAAGAUGAAUGUACUGCAACAAUGCCAUAAAAUGGUAGUCGGUAUAUGUGUUCAGAGGCUGUGGGAUUGGACGGAAUCCGGUGGAAAUGGAACGAUGAUGGAUCAAGAGACGUUGGACCGUGUUUACGAACAAGCAGACCCUGAAUUGCUCAAAGGGGGGCUCGAAUAG